CUGACACAGUGGGCGACUUCUCUCUUCUCACUACUGCAGUUCGUUAACACUGAGUCAAACGGAGCGCUGAGCACGACACUCGCGGGAUGACGGAGAGCCGCACAGCAGCGAAGUGCCGCGCGAACACCGGAUUAUGAUGAAGAAGGAGACGGAGGCGAGCCUGUGACAUGUCAGGAGCGCGUUUUUCAUCUCCGCAAGCCGAGAGCGUUUCUCCCUGUGCUCCGAUGCUGAUGCUGGUAGCGCAACCUGCGUGAUUUCCUGCUGGAACUUCCUAAUUUUGCUUCCUUUUAGCAGAGAUUCAGCCCCCCUAACAGAAUGAUUGAGGAGGCCAGCAAGAGUGGCAAGGCCACAGUGGAGAAGAGGCAGCUCUUCAUGGAAAUGAGAGCCCAAAACUUUGAUGUUAUCCGUCUAUCAACAUAUAGGACAGCGUGCAAGCUACGAUUUGUUCAAAAAAGAUGCAACCUUCACCUGGUGGAUGUGUGGAACAUGAUAGAGGCGUUUCGUGACAACGGGCUCAGUACUCUGGACCACAACGCCGAGAUUAAUGUGUCGCGGUUGGAGACCAUCCUCUCGUCUAUCUUCUACCAGCUAAACAAGCGCCUCCCUACGACACACCAGAUUAACGUGGAGCAGUCCAUUGGCCUGCUACUCAACUUUAUGGUUGCCACCUACGACAGUGAAGGCCAUGGAAAGCUCACAGUUUUUGCCAUGAAGUCAAUGCUGGCGACCAUGUGUGGAGGGAAAAUUGUUGAUAAAUUACGCUAUAUUUUUUCUCAGAUAUCGGACUCCAGCGGCAUGAUGGUGUUUGCUAAGUUUGACCAAUUUCUCCGCGAGGUCUUGAAGCUGCCUACGGCUGUGUUCGAGGGUCCUUCAUUCGGUUACACGGAGCACUCAGUGAGAACAUGUUUUCCUCAGCAGAAGAAGAUAUUGUUAAACACCUUCUUGGACAUCAUGAUGGCCGAUCCUCCCCCGCAGUGCCUCGUUUGGCUACCUCUCAUGCAUCGACUGGCCAAUGUAGAGAAUGUCUUCCAUCCGGUGGAAUGCUCCUACUGCCGGAGCGAGAGCAUGAUGGGAUUUCGCUACAGAUGUCAGCAAUGCCACGGCUACCAGCUUUGCCAGAACUGCUUCUGGCGCGGCCAUGCCAACGGUCCCCAUAGUAACCAGCACCAGAUGAAGGAGCACUCCUCGUGGAAAUCCCCAGCCAAGAAGCUGAGCCAUGCCAUCAGCAAGUCUCUGGGUUGUGUGCCAAUAGGAGAACCCCCGCACCCUGUGUACCCCGAGGCAUCCGAGAGACCACAAGACCUGGCACAUCCGACUCAGCUGAAGCCAGUGUCCAACAACAUGAACGAUACCGUUCUUGUGUCCUCCGGGGCCCCCACGCCCACCACAAGCACCACUCUGGAGAGUCCCAGCAGGCUGGAUGAGGAGCAUCGUCUUAUUGCUCGCUAUGCUGCCCGUCUGGCAGCUGAAGCCAGCAAUUCUACCCAAUGCCCUCCCAGCGACCUGAGCUUCAACUUUGAUGCCAACAAGCAACAGAGGCAACUCAUUGCUGAGCUAGAGAACAAAAAUAGGGAGAUCCUUCAGGAAAUCCAGCGGCUGCGUCUGGAACAUGAGCAAGCCUCUCAGCCCACACCAGAAAAAGCUCAACAGAACCCCACCCUCCUUGCAGAAUUACGACUGCUCAGGCACAGAAAAGAUGAGCUGGAAAAGCGCAUGUCGGCUCUACAGGAGAGUAGGCGAGAGUUGAUGGUCCAGCUGGAAGGUCUCAUGAGACUGCUGAAGGAUGAAGAACAGAAAGGCGCUCAAACAGGGGGCUCACCACACUCCUCACCCAGCCACAGUGCCAGCUGCACCAUGCCCAUGCCCAUCCGCUCCACCUCCGCCGGCUCCACGCCUACUCACACACCACAGGACUGCCUGGCCGGUGUCAGUGACGAUGUACUGGAUGCCUUCUCUCAGGGUGUACCUAGAAAUCUCCGUAAUGAUCUUUUGGUAGCUGCGGACUCAAUCACGAAUACCAUGUCAUCGUUGGUUAAAGAGCUCCACUCAGUUGAUGAUGGUUUGGAAGAUGAGGAGGUUAACAUGAGGAAUGGAAGGGAAAAAGUGUCAGCACAGAGGCAUUAUGGGAACAGGCACUCCACCCCCUCAUUCUAAACGUCUGGAGGUGACUGGCGAGAACCAGCGGCAACAAGACCCUUCCUGGCAUUAGCACACAAUGUAAUGCAUGCUCUUCCCAGCCAGGUUUCACUAUGUGAAAUGAACACUUCAUCACAUUUUGCAGAGAGCAAGCUGUAUCUACUAAGGAGAAAAAUAAAAUAUAUAAAUAUAUAGCUCUAUAUGUCUAUCUGUAUAAAACUGUUGUAAUUAUGUAACAUUUUGAUUCCUGUCUGCAGAAGAAUGGCUCGUUUGUGCAUCGUCCCAUCAAAAAUGUAUUGAUUUCAGUCUCGAAAACGGUCACACUGUGCAUAGUCGGUGUUAAUGCUGGGAACCAUUCGCUGAUCUCAGCCGCAGCUCUUUCCUACUGUAUAGGUGUCCUCCUGUGAUAAAGAUUUUGUAGAAUUAGUGAUAAUGUUUUGUUUAGUGUUGUUUGAGUUUUGCAUGAAGUUUAUAAUAGGAGGACCCUUGUCUUUGACCUGCAUGUGGCGUUUAUGUUGCCUGUGGGAGUCCAUCCUCUUCCCCACUCUGAUCAUGUUCAUCAGAACUGCUGCUAGUCCACUCGGCCCAUGAUAAAGCACUAGGUCAAAGCUGUCUCUAAAUAACGCCAGGUGUUUGUCAGGGAAUCUUUGUGAGGAUGCUACUUUUAACCAUCUGUUUCUAUAUGUUCAUAUAUGUUUUAAUAAUUUUUUUUUAUUGUACAUCGCUCGAAAGCCUUCCAGUUGUUCUCGGCCAUAUAGAUCCAAUUGUUGGUGCAUUAGUGUUUAAAAAGAAGAUGUAGUUAUACAGGUAUCUGUAUACCGGUAAAGGUUGCGUUCUGUUGGAGUGCACAUAUCUUUCUGUUACAGUCACUUCAAAAGCUUUUUAGUCAAUAGUCAUGCUCUAAAUAAGUGAAACUGGUGCUCAGGGACUAGCAAAGAUGGUGGCAAAAAUUGCGAACAAAGGCAUGGCAUUGAUUUUAGCCCAAUAAGCUUUGCAGAUCAAAGAUGAGCACAGACCAUAAAAUCUUUAUAGAUUGACCUGAUUGGCCGAUGGUAGUCAACAGAGCUGUCGCAGGAAGUUACUGUUGGACUGUGUAGAGAGAAGAAGGAAUGUACAGUGGUGAGAGAGAGGAAAUAUUUGAGCAGGGUGGGUGGGGGAGUCAGGCUUAGGGGCUAUACAUAAAUAUUUUGUUAAUCUCUCAGAUUUUAAAGUUUUACAGUAUAGAGCUUUACAGUUAUGAGCAAGAAAAUGAUGCUGUACUUGAAUUAAAAAAGAAUUCAGGUUCAAUAAUUGCAUUCAUCGAAAUAUAAUGUACAUAAUUGUGUUGUUUGUUUUGCUGGGAUUUUAAAUGGCAUUAAUUAAUUGUUUCUUAUUACAUAAAAAGACUAAAUAUCAAACAAUAAAAUCGAUUAUUUUCUGCGUAUGAUAGGAGGAUGACUGUUAUGAUUAGAUCAUUUAUUUGAAGGAUGUAUCUUGAAGUAUGGUUAUUUAAACUGUGGAAUAGUAAUAUUAUUUAAGAGAUCACUUUUUGGGAGACAGUAGAUGGGCAAUAGGCCAUGAUUCAUAUACAGUAUAUAUUGAUUUAUAUUGUAUUUCUAUACACAAAGCAUAUACUUCUGCAUUAUGUUUAUUGAAUGUCUUUCUUGAAGAAUAAUUUCUUAUUAUUGUUAAACACUGUGUAAAAAUCAGCCGUUUCUUUGGUAAAAGUAGGUGUGCUUUAUGAGAAUUUAUUUAUUUAUUUUUGACACUCGAUGGAAGUUGAUGAUGAUGCUUAAUGUAUGAAAUACAUAAAAUAAUAUUGACAUUUUAUAUAGAAACUCGACUUUAUUGUCAUUGAUAAUAAAAGUGGUGAAGCACGCUUGGAACAUCCAUGUCAAACAUACGGGCUUCAAACUCCGAACUCAAUAACUCAUUUCCUUUGUACUUCUUACUGUACUACGUAUGUAAAGAACAAAUGAAACCGAUUUUUGCUUUGAAAGGUGGAUAGGAACGAUCAUGUUGUAUCAUUUUGCUACGAAUAUGAAUGCAAUCUUAUGAUGUAGGUGUGCCUAGAUGUACUGUAUAAAGUGCUCUAUAAAUAAAAAAAAGUAUUCUGCACAUGUGCAAGUCAGCGCUUAGAUAGGAGUUUUAGUAUGUGACUUUGUAGGAAUGCAAUUAUUUAUCUGUGCUCAUUGGAAAACUUCUUGUUCUGCCUUUAAAUUCGUGCCAAACUUUAGUCUGUCCUUAUGUCUUCGUUCUAUGUGUUUGUGUUUAAUCACAGCAUAUGAUUAUGAAUUUAUUGAAGUAGUCCACUGAGGGUCUUCGCAGUCAUGAAAGCUUAAACACUAUACAUAUUCAACUUUGCAAAAUUAACCCUGGGAUAAAAUAUGGAUCAACUCUGUACUGUAUGCCACUAGCUCUAAAAGUGGAUCUGUAGUGUCAUACUGUCUGAACAUAACGAUAUAUCAAAUACUGCUUUAAUUUUUAAUAUUCUGUUGUAAUUAUAUGAUUUGUUUGAAAAGCCAGAACUGAAAAUUAUAUGCUUGUGCUAAAUUUAUUUUAUAUGUCAAAGCUUUGCCGCUGUAUUUCUUGUUUUACUGCAAUGUUUGACUUUCAAAUCCACAAUUUAUGUCUAUCAGAUAUAUGUCUUUUUUUGU